UUGUAGUUCACUUCCGGCCUCCGGGUUGCUGACGUUCUUUUCCGGUCGUGGUGGCACUAGAGAGGCAAUGGGGCUACAAGCGAUGAUGCUGCUGGCAUUUGUGACAUUGGCUCUACUAGCUGCCUCUCGAGCAGAGGAAGGAGCUAGGCUUUUGGCUUCCAAAUCACUGUUGAACAGAUAUGCCGUGGAAGGGCGGGAUCUGACCUUACAGUACAACAUCUACAAUGUUGGCUCAAGUGCUGCAUUGGAUGUGGAAUUAUCUGAUGAUUCCUUUCCCCCAGAAGAUUUUGGCAUUGUCUCUGGUAUGCUCAAUGUCAAAUGGGACCGGAUUGCCCCCGCUAGCAACGUCUCGCACACUGUGGUCCUGAGACCUCUCAAGGCUGGUUACUUCAACUUUACCUCGGCAACCAUCACCUACCUGGCCCAAGAGGAUGGGCCUGUUGUGAUCGGGUCUACCAGUGCACCCGGACAGGGCGGGAUCCUGGCUCAGCGCGAGUUUGAUAGAAGAUUCUCCCCCCAUUUUCUGGACUGGGCAGCCUUCGGAGUCAUGACCCUUCCCUCCAUCGGCAUCCCCCUGCUUCUGUGGUACUCCAGCAAGAGGAAAUACGACACACCCAAAAACAAGAAGAACUGAGGGGGCUCUCGCCCUCCUCUCCCAAGAAACCAGGUGCUUUCCAGGCUCCAGAGGGUCUCGCAAAUGUAGUCUCUUCGUCCUUAGCCUUGGCCACCUUCUCCUGGAUCCUGCGCUUAGCCAGAGUAAAGGACUGGACCUGGGAGUCUUUGGGGGCCUCCUUGGUUCCACCACGAAGCCAUACAAACUGGGCUGCCUUUGGCCACAGCCUGCAGCCCACAGUGCUUCUGAGCCCCCACUGAGGUGCUGUCGGUAUAUUGCUGGCCAUGUGCGCCCUUGGGAGUCCAGGAGAGACCUUUGGCUGCCUGAGCCCUCCUGACCCUGCCCUCCCCCGUCGGAAAGCUGUGGGACUCUUGGAGGCCACCUAGUCUCUGUCUGGGUAAGGAAGCGCUUACCAAAUGGGGUUUUCUAAUAAAAACAAAUACCACACUGA